UCAUUUUUUUCUCAUUCGUGGAGCGCUUUAUCAGCGGCCGUCUCCCCCGUCGUCCUAGCAGCAUAGUAAGGGUCACUACCCCCACUCAAUACAGAGAGAGAGAGAGAGAGACGGGCACAUUAAACAAACACCUAGGGCUGACAGAACAGCAAAGACCGUACUUAAACCGCGCGUCUUUGCUCCCCGACUACAAAACCCUCCCUCACCCCCUAACUGUGCUGAGGACACUGGGUUUAACGUCGUCUAAAUAGGUUUGACAGUGCGAGGAGGGUCGCUUGUCUCCCACGGGAUUCUGCGAAGCAGCGUCCUUAGCCGGGUUGGACCCACUAGGCUACUAACUAGCCAGAUCUGAGGGACUCCAGACAGAACAGAGUCCGCAAACUUCUGACUACCUGAGACCAGAACCAGGAAGUAAACAACACAGAAAACAACAACAUCAUGAAGACCUCCACCGUCUUCCUCCUCCUCUCGCUCCUCGCCUCACUCUCUUGUUCCCAGAGCGAUUCUCCGGAACUCAUCGUGACAACGCGUGCAGGAAGCUUACGCGGCAUCCGCCUACCGACGCCCGACAGGAGUCACGUGACCGCUUUCCUCGGCAUCCCAUUCGCCGAGCCCCCGCUGGGCAAGAAGCGCUUCCGUAAGGCGGAGCCCAAGAAGCCGUGGUCGGGAGUGUUCGACGCUAGCUCCUACCCCAACGCCUGCUAUCAGUUCAUUGACACCUCUUUCCCCGGGUUCCAAGGAUCUGAGAUGUGGAACCCGAACAGGGAGAUGAGUGAGGACUGCCUAUACCUCAAUGUCUGGGUCCCAACCUCCCCCAGACCUCACAACCUCACCGUGAUGGUGUGGAUCUACGGUGGAGGCUUCUACAGUGGCUCCUCGUCCCUGGAUGUGUAUGAUGGACGUUACCUGGCCCACUCUGAGAAGGUGGUGGUGGUGUCCAUGAACUACCGUGUCGGGGCCUUUGGUUUCCUGGCUCUUCCUGGCUCUUCGGAGGCCCCUGGGAAUGUGGGGCUCCUAGACCAACGCAUGGCCCUCCAGUGGGUCCAGGAUAACAUACAUAUGUUUGGGGGCAACCGCAAGCAGGUGACCAUAUUUGGGGAGAGUGCAGGAGCAGUCUCUGUAGGAAUACACCUCCUGUCCCCAGACAGCCGCCCCACCUUCACCCGAGCCAUCCUCCAGAGUGGAGUCCCUAACUGUCCCUGGGCCACUGUUACGCCCGCUGAAGCCCAGCGGAGAGCUGCCAUGUUGGGGAAACUGGUGGGCUGUCCCUCUGGGGGUAACGACACAGAGCUGGUGGACUGUCUCCGUAACAAGCCCCCCCAGGACCUCAUCGACCAGGAGUGGCAGGUCAUGCCAUGGUCGGCCAUCUUCCGUUUCUCCUUCGUGCCGGUCAUCGAUGGCGUGGUCCUUCCUGACAACCCAGAGGCCAUGCUGUCAUCAGGCAACAUCAAAGACACCCAAAUCUUGCUGGGAGUCAACCAGGACGAGGGCUCCUUCUUCCUCCUCUACGGAGCCCCCGGCUUCAGCAAGGACAACGAGUCAUUGAUCUCCCGUGAGGACUUCCUGGAGAGCGUGAAGCUGAGUGUCCCGCACGCCAACGAAAUCGGCCAGGAGGCUGUGGUGCUGCAGUACACUGACUGGUUCGAUGAGAACAAUGGAGUGAAGAACCGAGACUCCCUGGAUGACGUGGUCGGAGACCAUAAUGUCAUCUGCCCUCUGCAGCACUUUGCCAGGACCUACUCCCAGCUCCACUCUAACCUGGGUGCCAACAAUGGACAACAGGCGGGCAACGCUGGGGCCAUGACCAAGGACGGGAACUCACAAAGUGGAGUGUACCUGUACCUGUUUGACCACCGUGCAUCUAACCUGGCGUGGCCUGGGUGGAUGGGCGUUAUCCAUGGUUACGAGAUAGAGUUUGUGUUCGGCAUGCCACUGGAGAAGAGACUCAACUACACAGCCGAGGAGGAGAAACUGAGCCGACGCAUGAUGAGAUACUGGGCUAACUUCGCACGCACCGGUAACCCCAACAUCAAUUUUGACGGCAGUGUGGAUAGCAGGCAGAGGUGGCCGCAGUUCACCAACAGUGAGCAAAAACACGUGGGGCUGAACACAGAAUCUCUGAAGAUCCACAAGGGCCUGCGGAACCAGCUGUGUGCAUUCUGGAACCGCUUUCUGCCACGCCUCCUCAAUAUCACCGAUAACAUAGACGAGGCAGAGCGUCAGUGGAAGGUGGAGUUCCAUCGUUGGUCCUCCUACAUGAUGCAUUGGAAGAGCCAGUUCGACCAUUACAGCAAGCAGGAGCGCUGCACUGACCUCUGAGGAGAGGGGAGAGUGAGAGAGAUGCCGACCAUGUCCUUCCAUAUUAUCCUACAUGUCUUCAUGUGAUAUGUUGAGGCUUGGUAUGUUGAGGCUUGAUAUGUUGAGGUUAUUAUAUUUAACUCAAUGUGUUUUUUCUGGUUUCCAUUGGGAGGUUAUAGCAGGUCCAUAAGACUAUCCAUCAGACAGGAGUUAUGGAAGGAGGUGGUCAUUGAUGAAGAGUUUAAAUAGGUGUGUGUGUGUGUGUGUGUGUGUGUGUGUGUGUGUGUGUGUGUGUGUGUGUGUGUGUGUGUGUGUGUGUGUGUGUGUGUGUGUGUGUGUGUGUGUGUGUGUGUGUGUGUGUGUGUGGUACGACUGAACCUCUGGGUCCCACCCACCUCACUUUUUUUUUUACUUAACUUUAUUAUUUUCCAGUUGAUACAAGUUUCAUGAUCUGCUCAUUUGAAAUGAUCUUUAUUUAAAACAGCUAGUGUUGUCUGUCUAUGUAUCUGUUCACAUGUCUUGAUCUCAUAUAUCCUUCCCUCUGGUAAUAUAGUGCUGUUCAUUGUAUCUCUGUGUAGUGUCUUCAGCUGUCUCAAAUAGUGCACCACUUGGCUCUGGUCAAAGUAGUGCACUAGGAAGAGUACUACAUAGGGAAUAGAGUGUGAUUUGGGAUUGAGUCUGUGUGGGUCCAAAUGUAAAACCUAAAACCACUGAUCAACUGUUAUGUUAGUCUAGGAAUCUGGAGCCAUGUAAAUCCCUGUGUUCUGGGUUAGAAAAGAACUGCACUGAAACAGUUUGUGUGUGUGUGUGUGUGUGUGUGUGUGUGUGUGUGUGUGUGUGUGUGUGUGUGUGUGUGUGUGUGUGUGUGUGUGUGUGUGUGUUACACUGUAUGUAAUCAUGUGUUAUGUUACAUGUCCAUCUUGUUGAUCGCUGAACUCUGCUUUAGUAUUGGUUUUCAAUCCAUAGUGUGUUUAUGAACUGUGUAUGCACUUGUCUGCAUAUAUUCACAUACCUCUGUCAAUCACCUAUAUGUAGCUAAGCUAACCCCCAUGUUUGUUUUAGUGCUUAAUAUUAUAU